AUACACCCGGGAGCUAGUUGGCCAACCAACAGUAAGAACAACGAAUAAGAAUAUUAUACGUCACAUCCGGUCUCGGGAGUUUUGGAGAAAGCCGGGCGGCAAAAAACUACUUAUUGACUUUUUGGACAACCAAGACAUUGUUUGAUGGGUACAGCGGUGGACACUGGAGAAGUCAUCGUCAUCCUCAGUGACGAUGAAGAUGCUGAAGAGAACAUCUCGUUCAGUGAUCAGUCGGUUGUCAUCGUGGAGGCGGAGGACGUGAAGAAGAGCGACUCUGCUGUAGCUCCCGUUGCUCUGGAUGAAGACCUGGUCAUCACCUUCUCCCGCCGCGCGGAGGUCCUCCCUCACGCACGCUACGACUGCCCCAUACACGUCUUCACGGCGACAGACGAGAUCGGCGCUCCUGCGGCCGGUAACCAGCUCAUGUGUGAUCAGUGCUUCUGCUACAUCUGUGACAAGCUGGCGUCAUUGUGUCAAAUGUGGUGUUGCAGCGGACUCUGUCACUGCAACAGCCACAAGAGGAGCGACUUCUGGAACAACCUCAGAAACAGCUUGCUGCUGGGAGGACUCCAGCGCUUCAACCUAACUCUGUCGGAAUUAGAUUCUCACCUCCGGCACGCAGAGACGAUGCUGCAGAGCUUCAAACUAAGGCUCUCGGCAAAGUUCGAGUGCUUCUUGAGAGGAGAGUCUUUAGAAGGAUACGGUCCGAGCGACUCGAACCCGAAAGGCGUCGUCUUCAACUACACACCCGUGUACGAGUUUGUGUCGUCGUUCCUGAACGAAGCCGACCAGCAGGAGGGCAGAGCUGCAGCCGUCCUCCGACUGGGAGCCGCUGAGGUCUUCAUACGACAUUUUCAAGUCUCAGGGUCUUACAUCUCACACUCUCCUACUGCUAACGCUGUUGAAGCCAGACUGGUGUUACUGCAGAGGGUAAUAGCGUCCGUGCAGAGACAGAUGGUGAUGAGCAGUUUGACCCCAGACUUCAUCCACAAAUUGCAGGAAUUUUACCAGAAGUUAUUUUUCCCUCCUGAGCUGAAGAACAUGAAGAGCAGCCUGUGUGUCCGUCCCUGGGACGACGUCCUGCUGGUGUCCGUGCUGAAGGGGCAGAACGUGUCGGGGGUCCGCAAAGACAAAGGCAAGAAGGACCUCCUGAUAGAACAGAUUGCUGUGGUUCUGUUGAGAACGGAAGUACUGCAGCAGCAGCACAGGUACCGAGAACUGUGUCGCUACCUACGAGUUGUCGAGAGCGAUGAUUCCAAACUUCUCCAGCAGGUCCGUGACCUCAUCCCGUUCUUCUUCUGCAUGGACGGGUCCUUGCCGGGCGGUCUGCACAGCCUGUUCCCCACGGUGAACGCCCCCGCCGCACGCCUCACCCCGGACCUCUUCCUCUUUUACCUCCGCCUCUUCACAACGGCAACGGCGCCGCCGACGGCGACGGCGAGGGUCAGCGGGUCGGUGCAGGUGUGCAUCUCCGACGCGGCGUGGCAGCCGAUGAAAGAUGCUGUGCCACUUCCAGAUGUUGUGGUGGUGAGGUUUGCCCUCAGGGUGCAGCGGUGCUGCCCGGCCGUCUUCGCUGACUCUCGAUGUUGGAUCAGUUUACUCCAAAUCGUCAACCCGCCCGCCGCCGUCCCAGAACCCACUUCCAAGUUUCUACACGAAGCGAAGGACGUCGUGAGUACGAUCCUGCACGGCGCAAACGUACAGAUCCCGCGGGUCUUUCAGGAGGGGUACCCGGAUCAGGCUUUGUUGCUGUUGGUAACGGGAGCUUUAGGUCAGCGGGUCCUCAGUGGCGCUCUGAGUCCGGCCCUCCCUGUGCUCAACACGUUCAAGGGUAACUUGUGGGCUCUCGGGUGGCUGUGGGACAGUUUGUCCUCGAGCCCGGAGCGACUCCGGUCCUUCUCACAGGAGCUGUCACGGGAGGCGGGAGCCACGGCAGAUGGGGAUAAUAUUUUACGCUUUCUUCACUCCCUUGUACCCGCGCCGUCGUCUUCAACAGAGUACCGGCACCAGCAGUCCAGCGGCUCUUAAACUCUCCUGCUAAGAAUCAGCUGUAAGUCAACCACAACCGUCAUCAGCUGUUUCAUCCACUUUUUAUUUUUGCACAUAGUCCGGAGUGUUUUUUUUCCUCUCCUUGUGUUUGUUGGUUGUACGUUUUGAACUGUGAAUUCUUAGUAUUUGUCACUAAAACGCAUCAUGUGAAACCUCGAGGACGUUCAAAUGUAUUGAAUGCAUUAUUUGUCUUCCACGUGACCAGCGGGAGCCGCUGAAGGUACAACGUGUGACAUAUGGACAUGUUUUUACUGGUGUGCACGCGCUCACUGGUUUGAGCUCUGAUGAGGUCAAGGGUCGGGACUCUGUGCAUGUUUGGAAGGUUUGACAGUUGGAUUAAAUCCUGAAGGGCAGAAACAGGAAAACAAUUUGAGCUUUAAGGAGCUCCGGGAGACACACUUUUCACAUCUCUGCCACCACUUUAGAUUUAAUCUGGUUAACUCUCAGAAAACACACACACCGCACAUCUGCCCCGGAGGAUUAAUAACGGUGUUCUGGUUCAGCACCAAUAUCAUUCUGGAUUAAAUCACUUUUAAAUAUUGUCACACCUCAUUUCUCGGACCCACUGAUGGAUGUUUGUCCGGUUAUGGCAGCAAGUUUCAUCUCGAUGGAUCAGCUGUUCCUUCUGUCUCCUUGUUUUGUCAUUUUUCCUCCAUGAAUUUUGAUAUAAAAGCCUUUUAUAAGUCUUUCCUGCACUGUGGAAACUUAUCAACCAUGUCUGCAUUUUAAUUGUUGUAUUCAUUGUUCUACUGUUCUCCUGUAUAUUACAACAGCCUCACUUCUUUCUCCAACAAUUAAAGAUGAUUCUUUUUCCUUUCA